AUGACGACAAUAUCUGAACAGUAUUGCAGAGGCAGAUUUGUCUCCUUACUGAACUACAAAACAGAAAAAUACAUUGAUACAAAAAACAAGGCAGUCGGAGUGUUGCACAGACUUUUUCAGUUGUCUGUCAUUGGUUACAUAAUAGGGUGGGUUUUCAUAGUCAAGCAAGGCUACCAGGAGAUAGAUGAUGCCAUCCAGAGUUCUGUCUUAACUAAGGUGAAGGGAACUGCGGUGACCAACACCAGUGAAUCUGGCCUGCUUGUGUGGGGACCUGAGGAGUAUGUCAUCCCCCCACAGGGUGAAGAUGUUCUGUUUGUUGUAACCAGCUUCUUAGAGACACCAAACCAGAAGAUGGGUUACUGUGCUGAGAGCCACAAAGUGCUUAAUGCCCACUGUAGUGUUGACGAGGACUGUAAAACAGGAAAGAUGGUGGAGUCUGGUCAUGGAGUCAUGAGCGGCAAAUGCAUAAGAAACAAUGAAAACUCCAAUGGGACCUGUGAAAUCUUUGGCUGGUGUCCCACUGAAAAAAACAUCAAACCACAAAAGCCUUUGCUCAAAAAUGCUGAAAACUUCACCAUCUACGUCAAGAAUUUCAUCCAGUUUCCUAAAUUCUCAUUUUCAAAGUCCAACAUCCUCGAAACAACUGAUCAAUCCUACUUGAAGAAAUGCAGAUAUGAUGAGAAACAAUACCCCUACUGCCCCAUCCUUCGCCUGGGAGACAUUACGAGAAGAGCUGGAUGCAACUUCCAAGACAUGGCCACACUGGGUGGCGCUAUUGGCAUUGUGAUACAGUGGGACUGUGACCUUGACAAAGGCGCCUCUCACUGUAAUCCAGAGUACCAAUUCACUCGCCUGGAUGCCACUGUCUCCAACAAGAGCAUCGCAGCAGGAUUUAACUUCAGACAUGCACGAUACUUUAAAAAUGCUGCUGGUGAAAGCUAUCGAUCUCUAUACAAAGUUUAUGGCAUACGAUUUCAUAUCCUGGUAUAUGGGAAGGCUGGAAAGUUUGCCAUUGUCCCCUUGGUCGUCAAUAUUGGUUCAGGACUGGCUGUGAUGGGAGCUGGAACCUUCUUCUGCGACAUUGUUCUCCUCUAUUUAACUACGGGGAAGAAGUCUUACAAAGACCAGAAGUUUGAAGUCUUAAAGUAUGAAAAGCAACACACGAGUACAGAUGUAGACAUUUCUUAG